AACAAAUUAUAAAAAAGAACAAUAUUACACUCAGACAAACACAUACCAAUCACGUUUCUUGCCGACCGGAAAAUGGAUACUGAAAAAGGUUAUCCCAGAGGUUUCAGAGCUGACAGUAUACGAUCAGAAACAGGCCGCAGCAGUUUCAGGUCAGAUAGUAUGCAGAUCGAUGAAGCAGCCGAGCUACCACAAAACAAGAUAGGACAAGAAAACUCGACCUAUCUUGUCCUCUUCAAGAACAUAGACAGUGGAAACUUAGAAGCCACGAAAGCGUUCUUGGACCGAAAUCCUGAGGCUUUAACCGCAAGCUUAACCUCUAACGGAGACAGACCGAUCCAUAAAGCUGUUUUGUCUGGUCACAUCAAGAUCGUGGAAGAGAUCAUAAGACGGAUUCAUGAUCCAGAGCAAGUGUUGAAGAUCAAGAAUGAUAAUGGUUACACUGCGCUUACUUAUGCUGCGACCGGUGGGAUUGUGAGGAUUGCAGAGUGUUUGGUGAAUAAAUGUCCCAGUUUGGUUAGUGUCCGGAACGAGAAGAAGCAUAUACCAAUCGUGGUGGCUUCGUUGUAUGGUCACAAACAUCUUGUUCGGUAUCUUUACAAUCACACACCUCUCAGUGACCUUGAUCCUGAUGGUUCAGAUGAUCACAAUGGCAAGAACGGAGCGAUGCUUGUGACUAAUUGUAUUGUCGAUGGAUUAUAUGGUAUUGCUUUGGAUCUGAUUCAGAGAUAUCCUAAGCUGGCUUAUACUCGAGACAGCGACAACGAUACAGGGAUCAUCGCGCUUGCUCAAACACCUUGUGCGUUCCCUAGCGGUACCCGUCUUGCAUUUUGGCAAAAGUGGAUAUAUCAUUGUAUUCACAUAGAGAAAGUUAAUAACCCUCACGAAGUUCUGAAUCAUCAUGACCAUCAAUACAGGAAAGCAGAAGAUCAUAGUUGGAUUCAAGACAAGUUGUGGAAACACCUUAAAGUUCUUUUUCCACAUAUAAGACGGGUAUACAAACUGAAGUUAGGACAUGCUCAAGCCAAAGAGAUACUAGAAUGUAUCUGCCAAGAGAUACCUAACUUUGACGUGACCCAACAGAAGAACACCGGUCUACACCAAGCUCUGUUUAAGGCGGUAGAGAAUGGUAUUGUAGAGUAUAUCGAGGAAGUAAUGAGGCAUUAUCCUGAUAUCGUAUGGCUCAAAGAUACUCUGUUUAAGGCGGUAGAGAAUGGUAUUGUAGAGUAUAUCGAGGAAGUAAUGAGGCAUUAUCCUGAUAUCGUAUGGCUCAAAGAUAAUUAUGGUCUUAACCUCUUCUUCUACGCGGUAAGCCAGCGACAAGAAAAGAUCUUUAGCCUGAUUUACAAUAUGGGUGCUAAGAAGAACAUCCUCGCUACGGCUUGGGACAAACUCCAUAACAAUAUGCUUCAUCAUGCCGCGUAUCGAGCCCCGGCUUCGCGGCUUAACCUUAUCCCCGGUGCAGCUCUUCAGAUGCAAAGGGAACUACAAUGGUUUAAGGAAGUGGAGAGGCUAGUGCAACCGAAGCAUCGAAAAAUGAUUAACUUGAAGCAGAAGAAAACUCCAAAAGCUCUGUUUACAGACCAACACAAGGAUCUUGUGGACCAAGGAGAGAAAUGGAUGAAAGACACAGCGACUUCUUGCACAGUCGUAGCCGCUCUAAUCACCACAAUGAUGUUUUCCUCGGCGUUUACUGUCCCCGGAGGUUACCGCUCAGACAAUGGCUUGCCACUCUACAUGCGAAAGCACAUUUUCAAGAUUUUCAUCAGCUCCGAUGCUAUAUCUCUUUUCACCUCAUGCAUGUCUCUCCUAAUGUUCCUCGGCAUUCUCAAGUCUCGUUACCGUGAAGAGGAUUUUCUUCGAUCGCUUCCUACGAAACUGAUCGUUGGUCUUUUGUCUUUGUUUCUCUCGAUGGCGACAAUGAUGGUGACUUUUGUCGUGACGCUCAUGACUCUGGUUGGAGAAAAAAAAUCUUGGGUUUCGGCUCAGUUUAUGUUGCUCGCGGUGAUUCCGCUGGGUAUGUUCGUUGUUCUUCAGUUCCCGGUGUUACUUGAGAUCUUCUGCUCGACUUAUUUCCCUAGGGUUUUUGAAAAGCCUCGCCAGUCUCGGCGGAUAUUUAAAAUUUUCUCUCGAAAUUAAUGAUGAUGAUCAAGUUAAUAACUCUAGCCAAUGUUGUGAAACAUAGCCGCGGCUGCUACUUCACCAGUGAUGUUUGAUCAGAGAGUUGGUCUUCUUUUAGUAUAUCACAGACUGCUAUAUAGGCAAUGCUUUCAAAAGUUCGAAGCGAACCUCAACAAAAAAAAAAGAAAAUAAAUUGAAUAUGGUUUGGUGUUUAAGAAAUAUGAUGGCCUCUCUUGAUAAAUAAUAAUAAUGCAGUCAAAUUCAU